GAGCAACACCAACACCGUGUUCCAUUCCUAUGAUCUCUACUUCCUUCCUGCAGAACUACCUCGCCUCGCUCACUAGCCCCGAGGCGAAAGCCGAUCCCCACACCCUCUUCCUUGGUGAACCCAACGCCGAGCUUCUUGCCCAAUGGGUACUCAAUGGCCACGACGCUCAAGAGCAUGUUGUCGUUCCCUGCCCUCUGCCCGAAUCUGAUCUUCCUGCUCGUCACUACCCGCUUCCUGACCAGCACAGUAGCAGUCCUGCUGCGAAGAAGUCCGCUAGUGGCGGGGCAUCCUCCACCAGCCAUGACGACACCGCGAGUAUCCCGUGGGAUCCCGAACCUAUGACAAACAUCCUCAUCGGCACCGUCAACAGGCGCAAUUGCUUCCUGUCCCCUGACGGUGGCUACAAGGGCUCAACCGAAUAUACUCCCUCCCUAUCGAAGAUGAAGAUGUCGUUCACCCUCUCCCCCACCCAUGAUCCUGAACAUGGCGUGCUUCAGCGCGCUUCACAGCUCUCAUUUGAGAACCUAGAUAUGCUGCAGGCGUCCUGCCCCAUUACGAAGGAUCGCCCGUGCAGAGGUGGUUAUGAUUCACUUCAAGAUGAGGUCAAGUUCCGCCACGUCCCUUUUGAGAAGCUCGAUCAGGACCCCGAGACUGGGGAGAUGAUUCCCGAACCCCCACGUCCCGCCAGCGAGGCGUGCUUCACGCUUGAAGGGUGGCCUGUCGAGACGAGUGCAGCCCGCCAGGAGCUCGCCGACUUGGUCAAGACACACUCGUACAAGGUGGUCCCGCUCCCGGCUUAUGGCGCUGAUGGUCACCUCAUUCGCCCGACGCUCUAUAGGGCUGCCCUUGUUGGUGCCCUCGUCGAAGUCCGCUUCACGCUUCGCCAUCAUUAUAUCGGUCGCUACAACAACUUCACGGCUGACGUUAUCUCCAUCAACAUUAUCUCUCCUCCCUCGACAAACUCGCUGAAGCGCAAGUUCGUGCCCAGCACCUCCUUUGACACGCCUGCCAAGCGCGCUCGCCGUUACGAGGACUCGAAGGGGCAUGAAUCCCACUCUCAGUCGAAUAAGGGAGCCGAUUCAGAGUCACACCGAGGCGGACAUGCGGUCGCUGCUUAGGUGAUAGGGUUGGGUUUCUUCACCGGACUUGUAACAUUUACUGCGUGCUCGUUUUUUGAUUCUGGGACUUGCUAGGAACCGUCGUCAGUAUGAUGUACAUAUAUGCAAUCCUCUGGGUUUUAUGUUCAUUUCUUGGGGUUUCGUUGGGACCGUUGAAUUUCGCAUCGCACCGGUCCGCUAGGCAAG